AUGGCCCUCGAAUCACCACAGCCGCUUUCUAGAAAGAAGUCACUAUUCCGGCGCUUCUCAAGACGAGAUCGAGGCGACGCUCCUCCGUCGCCUUUUCUAAUGAACGAAGGCCUUCGUUCAUAUUCGCCCAGUUUACAGUCGCCCAAUCCACAAUCGCCGAGAAGGUUACAGCGCCGUCCUUCACAUGCACCGUCCUACCUCCUUACACCACCGCCGUCGCCGGCAAACAAGAGCACUGUCAUAGCCGUCGAUGCGUCGAAAUCGCAACAACCCAAGAUGGUUGCACAUAUCCAACGCAUCGAGCUACCAUCAAAUCGACACGUCCGCAGCGAGUUUACACCCCCGCCAUCUCCAGAACCGCGGCGACGCGUGCUUCCAAGUGCUUUACCAACCAUGCCGUUUCCUGGCAAGCCCCUCAUAACCUCAUGGAAUAUCUUCCUCCCACCCUCGCAAAUAUACUCAUUAUAUCUUGGGUAUGCACCAAAGGACAUGGAUGAUAAGUGGUAUAUAUAUAGCGAGGGUCCCGAUCAGACAGGAAAACUGAAGGUCCAUUUCCACCGAAGUUGGACUGGACUGAAGGUGGCAGAACUGUUCGUGGUCAUGGAUACAAAGGGCGAGGGCGCUGGAAAGAUAGUAGGAAUCAAGUGGAACGGCGAUGAAGAGAUGAACUGGAUGAGCGAAGAGGAGGCGAAAUACAUGAUACGCACGGCUUGUAGGUGGCAAUUAGCCGUGGAUUUGGAGAAGUGA